AUGGCAUCCUUUGCCAUCGUCCUGUCGAGCCUCCUGUUCAUGGUGGAGGGCCACAAGUUCGCUUCGCUGCAGGAUCUAACUGCGCAGGGGGCCAGUGUGUGUAGCCGACCUGUGGACAACGAGUGGUGCAAGGAGCUGGUGAUCUUGUGGGGUUGCACAACGCCAUGGAACAAGAAAUGUCCCAACACUGACCACCCCUUGGGCGCUGCGCACAACUCAGAGACCUUGGAGCAAACAUGCCAGUCGGCUUGCAACAUUGCUACCACCCAGGAGGUUUCUAAUGAAACAAAGGCCAAUCUCAUUCACAAGCGGAUGCAAGAGGCUGCGCAGCUAACGAUGGCUCUCGAACAGCAGGCAAAACAAGCCAGUCAAGCUGGCAAUGCAGACACGGCCAAGUAUCUUGAGACGAUUGCCACUGCCGAAGCCUUCCUCCAGAUGAAGGAUCUUCCAGGACUUCCACUGGAUCAACAGCAGCUUGAUGCCGAGGAGCAGGCAGGCAAGGAGGCUGCCGAGGCCAUAGUGCUGGACACCUUCGAAAAGGCGACCGACAAAGUCUUCAGCGGCGUGAAGAUUGAUGAGUCCGCAGUGCUGCUGUACCACGAGGCCAUCAGCACCAUGGGCGUUGCCUGCGGGGAUGCAGCUGAAGCGGGGGAGGUGGCCAAUGCUGAGUCGGCCAUAUUGGGGACCGCUGCGACCAGGGGCAACAUGACAAAGUUUGAAUCGGAGCAAGCCAUCAGCGUGGUGGACUAUUUGGAGUCGACGUGUAGCGAGGACACCAUGAAUCUGGACUUCUUUGUUGACAAGAUGGUCGCUGAUGAGCACCUGCACCUGAACAGUUCAUUCUUGAUCCAAGCCUUGGCUGCGCCCAUACACAAGAUGGCUCACAAGUUGGAAUACCACGCCAAAGCUGCUUUGAUCUUGCACAACGAAUCCAAUGGCCUGGCGCAUCACUUCGUGGCUCACCUGAAACACCAGGACAGGUCGCGCAAAGCGGCGGCAGAGGGAGCUCCACUCGACAAAGAUCCCCACUUGAAGACUGCGGUGCACGAGAUGUUGCAUCAAGCAGCUCGGUCGGAGCUCACAGACAAGCAGCGAGAACACCUGCACAAGUUGGAUGAGAAACACCAUGAAGUCAUGUUUGGGGAGAGCAAGAAGUCCACGUGCUCAAAUCAUGCCAAGCGGCAGCAAGAGAUACCAGCAGAUUCGCCCCUGAACGAUCCAGCUUUCCAGGAGUAUGUGAACUGCGAGUGUCUUCGCAAUGAGCCGUCCCUGGUGUGCCGAGCCAAGCACGACGAGGCCCUGCACAAAGUCGCCAAGAAGUUAGCUGACGGGCUUGCCGACGCCAGAAAAGCGUCUGACAUGAAGGUGAUGGCUGCUCAAGCGAUGUCAGAUCCUCUCGAAGAUGUCCAGACUGCUCUUGCGGGAGAGGUGGUUCGCUCCAACGCAAGCCGGGUUGCCUUUGGGCCUUGCAAGAAGGCUGUUUCCUGCUCAGCGUGUGUUUCGGGCAUCUGUAUCCCUUUCCCGGGGUAUGACAAGAAGGCAUCUGUUCUCCAAAUCGUGGAUGCCUGCGUGUCUCCAAGGGGGCUGCACCGGAUGCAUGGCCAUUUCCCCGCCAGUUGA